AUGGUGGCGAAUUUAAAUGAAAUUCUUCCACAUCCGCGAGUGAAUCGAUUUGGGAAAAAGUUGGUGAAAAUAGCGUUUACUGGAGGGCCAUGUGCAGGAAAGUCGACCGCUAUACAAGAAAUUGCUGAAAAAAUCGAGAAAGAUUUGGGCAAUGAGUGGCAGGUUUUCAAAGCUGCCGAAGCAGCAAGUUUGUUAUAUUCCGGUGGUGUGGCAAGACAUUUACUGAAUGAUGAACAGUUGGAACAAUGGCAAUUGGAUAUGCUCUGUAUGAUCAUUCGAAUAGAAGCCGUUUUUGAGAAGAUUGCAGAACAUGAACCAAACAGACAUACGGUGAUUCUUUGCGAUCGUGGAGCGCUGGAUCCCAAAGUGUUCACUCCAGAAGCGAUGUGGAAUAGAAUCUUACAAAAGCUUUCAACGAAUGAGGAGAUUUUGUUCGAUCGAUAUGAUCAAGUGAUUCAACUUCACACCGCUCCCAGAUGCAAUUACACUUAUAAAACGAAUCGCCUUCGACGGGAGGAUUGGGAGGGUGCUGAGAAAAUUAAUCGAGAAUUCACUAGGGUAUGGAAAGAUCAUCAAAACUUUGUGAACAUUUUGGAUAACAAAGAUGACUGUUGGGAUUCGAAAGUGGGCGAGGCUUGGACUACGGUGCUUUCCCUACUCAAUCAAAGU